CAAUCGCUGCAACCGCCCGUACUCGCGUCCUUAUACCCCGUAGACAGCCCUCGCUGUCUCUCUGCCAACUUCUUCGCGCGCUGCUGCCCUCGAUCAGACAGCGCCUUCCCUGAGUCAUCGUGUCAGCUGCUCCUGUCAUUCCGUCCCAAAUCCCGCAAGCCUGACCGGAACCAUGGCUGCUGUCGCAACCCGCCAGCCCAUCUCCAACCUCGCCGUCGCCUUCGCGAACCGGUCGGCCACUGCAAAUAUACCCAUACCACAAGAUGGCGGACUCGCCUCCGCCAUGCCGACGCCUCCAAGCUCCAUCUCGCCAACCUUGCCGGCGCAAAAGGGCCGCCCUGGCCUGCCGGGCGCCGUGAGGUCGCCUUCGCCGCUGUCUAGGGACAUGGACAUCGACCUCGACGAUGCGCUCGAGCACGCUGCCGUGCAGGACCAACCUGCUCCGGCGCUCUCCAAGGAGGCGCUCGCGGGCUUGGACGCGACGCGCCAGAUCACCGCCAUCAUGCUGGCCAAACACCAUCUGCCUGGAAUUAUUCUGGGCCACGGCGCCAUGCCCAUCCGCGAGAUGAUGGCUCAUCUCACCCACUCCGUCCCCGGCUUCUCAGGCCUCCCGCCCUCCAAGGCUCGGAGGUUGGUCGUUGCUGCGCUGGAACAUCGCGCUGGCGGCGGACUUCACGGCGAAGUCAAGUUUGAGAAGGUUGGCUGGGGUCGGUGGAGCGUGGCUGGACACUCGUCGCAGGCGAACAGGGGAGUCCCUAUCGGGGCGCACGGCGCGUCUCACCACGGCAUGACUCCUCCCGCGAGCUUGGACAGCCAGGCUGGUCUCCACAUACCCAAGAACUUACGUCAUGGACGCGACGACUUCGUCGGAAGCUGGGCUGCUGGCUCCCCCGAUAGUCGCGAUGAAGACAUGGCGGACCAAAUGUCCCUGGACGGCUCGGAGACGAGCGAGUCCGACACAUCUGGAAUGGAUCUGGGCAACGACAUGGACGAUGAGACGGACGAAGAGGACUGGUCUGCCGUUGGACCUGAGGCACUUCGACAGAAGCGCCAGCCCACGCGCCCCGUCUACCGCGACUACAACUACCUUUCCCGCACCUUCCGCUCAGCUUCUGCACAAUCUGUGCCUCAAUCCCUUGCCGCGAGGACACCCACUCCGGCCCUUAAUUCUGCUUCUUACACUGCAUCCCGUGGAACUACGGGCACUCUUCCUGCAUCUAUUGGCGUUACUGGACCCCGAGGCCAACUCGCCGAGCGUGAGGCUAUCGAGGCAUUGAUUGCCAUGGGCUCCAUGUAGCCGGGGCGACCUCCGAAUUGGCGUUCUUCUUGAUAUUGAUCGGUCACGAAAGGCCUACGACGCGCAUGAUACUCCUCGGUUUUCGAUGUUAUCAUCGACGCGGCAUGAAAAUACUGGCUUUUGGGUUGGAAUUCUGGGCUUUCCUUGCUUUUACGUUUGUCAUACCCCCUCACCGUUGCUUUGAGAAGAUCCGUCAAGUGCUGAUGCGAUCCAUAUUUGGGUUAUUCUGGGUCUUUUCACCGUCACCAUUCUACGCUAUUCUUUACACAUUUUCCCUUCUUCAAACUCUUUACUAAAAACCCGCUGGGGCAUUAAGGAACAGCAAGGAGGAAUCAUGGUUCACCUUUGUAAUGAGCGCUUCCCGAGACAUGUUCGAAUGAG